AAGGUUGAGACUACGAAUAAAAAGCAAAAACCUAGAAAUGGGGAAGGUAACAAGGCGUCAUCAAGAACAUCAACCUCUGCUCCAAAAAGGGCAAAAACAGUGCCUGAUGUUUCAGUUCCUGUAGCUCCUGUUCAAACUACUGGAGGUAACAAACGUUGUGCUUAUUGCUUUUGUAAGAGUACUCCUAUGUGGAGAAGAGGUCCUGAUGGUGCUGGGACUCUUUGCAAUGCCUGUGGCGUGAAAUGGAAACAAGGAAAGAUAUUACAGGGUACUAGUGCAAACCGUGCUACUGAAGCCAAUGGCGAUUCCGCGACUGUUUCACCAAGCCCUAAAUCUAGAAAAUAUUCAUUGUCGGCAGCAUGCACUUCUGCUACUGCAACUACUACAUCAAAAGUUAAGAAGAAGCCCGGACGAUCACUUUCAAUGAGUGAAGGUGCGUUAUCACUUACUGAUGAUGAUGAAAACCGUGAUAAGAAUCUUGGCAAUACUGGAGAAAAUUUGAACGCAGAGUCACAAAAGAGUGGUAGUGGUAGAAGGGCAUCUGCAUCAUCAAAGAAAAAUAGUUUCAAAGGUUAA